GUUCGGACCGCCUUACUAUAUACGGUGUGGCGGCGGCCGCGAUGUCCGCGCCUGAAUCUCAUCCCGCCAGUGUUACAAUAUGGCGGUUAUUACUACAUCUCUAUCUGCAACGUCCGCCCGUGAGCCCUGUAGACGCUACUCCUCCGGUAGGACCGUUGUUCUUCAGCGGUAUCAUAAAAUCGCGAACUCUUGCGCAGCUCAAAAGAUGCAUAUUGAAAUUCAUCCAGUACCACGGAAACAGAGCGAGCGCCUUGAAAACGAAACAAAGUAAAACAAAACUACAACCUGCGGUCAGAGCUAAGAGUGAACCCGUCGCAGUUGAUAACAGUCUUACGAAGCCGUUAUCGAUUACCGAUUUGAUAGGUGUAUCGAAUGAGUCGAGCGAUAGCGAUACGGGUUCGUCGCAGGAGCAGAAUGAUGGUUCGGAGACUGAUGUGAUAGAUGAGGAUAGUAGUGAAGCGUCAGAUGUUUGUCACUUGUUGGCUUAUCAUGUCGGUGCUGAAAGAUUGUUCUGUGAAUACCUUCGCUGGUUAGACGAAGGCGAGAAAACGAAAGCCAUGCCUCACGACGCCGAGAUUGGCAGAUUUAUACCGGAUUGGGCUUUCCAAGCAGCGUUCCAACAGGAAAGUCGAUAUCGUUCUGCCUCGCUCUCUCCGAACACGGAACCGCCUCCGCUGCCCCUCUCCAUUUCUCCGCCCGACGCCCCGCCCCCUGCCCCGCCUACUCCGCUCCAGGAAGCUGCACGAGCACUCCUUAGUAUUAGGGGAGCUUCGAGAAGGAGAUCAAGGAAGCUUCCGAUAAGAUCACUGUUGGAAGAUGUGAACAGCAAAGACCCGCGAGCUCUAAUUGCCUUGGUCGACGAACACCUGAAACGCCUGCAAAAACUGUCAAAUGAGUGGUGUAAAGAAGUGACGACAGUAGCGUCAUUGGACAGCGCGCUGUGGGAUUUGGUCCGCGGGCUGCGGGUCACUAAUGAUAUACCUGUUAUACACUCCUCCUGCCUCAACAAGUGCAAGCCACUGGCUUACGCUCCACAAGAACGACAAUCGUGCAUAUCGACUGGGGCUCAACAAGGAAUCGUUGAAAAUAGGAAUAGAGCUCGCUCAGCGAUCCGUCGAUUAGCUCGCUCUCGGCCGGACGCCGCUCGCUCGGCGACCGCUUUGCUCGCUCUAGCCAGACGCUCUGGAAGUUUCGAGACGGCGCGUCGUAUGGUAGAUCGCGCGUUGGGAUGCGCACGAGACGUGAGCGAGAACUGCGCGCCCGCCGCCGCCGCUCUAACUUCCUUCGUAGAAAUCAUCACUGAGGUAAUGAUAAUGCCUGAUGUGUAG